ACGUUGAUGUGCAUAUGUAAUUUAUCUUAGCAUUUAUCGUUUGAAAAAAAGAGAACGUGAUAACAACUAUUUUUUAUAACUUGUUUAACAAUAACUUUGCGUCAUUCAAGAAUAUCCCGUUUCGACAACCAUUUUCGAAUUGUCUAUGGUAUAGUGGCCAUUUUUUUCUGAAAAAAGUGGGAAGUGGGGAAGGGAAAAAAGGUGAUACAUGUCAAAUUUUUCAAGGCUGUUCUGUGAUGAUUCCAUUUUUUUACCAACGUGAUAACGUUUGCGUUCAUUAAUUGUUAUUUUUAUGCGCACACAACGCAAGACAAUAUUGUGUAUUGAUGUGAAAUAACAUUUCGGUGGUGGCUGUCGGCACAGCGAACUUUGGUGUUUGUUAACAAAGGUUUUUUUGGUGACAAGAUGGGUUAUUAUUGCACAGUGCCUCAAUGUACUUCGCUCGCCGGCAAGACCAAGAACGUGAAAUUCCACCGAUUUCCACGAGACGUGACAAUGGCCGACAAGUGGAACUUGAUUUUGAAACGCGGCAAACCAUACACGAAGUAUUCAAAAGUUUGCAGUCUUCAUUUCACUCAAUCUGACUACAACGUCACUACAAUGGGUAAGAAUAAAGGCCAAUGGAAGACGCUGAGUAAAGACGCGGUGCCCUCACAGAACCUGCCUAAGCUGAACGCUGAUGGCACCGUCAUGGUCAUCAGGAAGAGUCGCACAGUCAAGUACAGGGAGACCAAAAAAGAGGAGGUCCAAAGUGACAAAGCGGACAAGUGGAAUAUGCCCGUCAAUCACAUCCACCGCACGACACCUGUCAUCAACAUGUCAGAGAGCGCGCUCAACAACACAGAGCCCCUGGACUCCAACCUUGCAUACCGUCUACAGACUCUACACGCGAUAGCCGACAAUGUUACACCACAAAACCAGGGCGUAAAACCGAAAAAACAAGACGCCAUCAUGCAAACCGAGCCUGUACAGUCCGAGGAAGACGAUACCCAACCCAACAACAGCUGCAGUGAGCCAUCAGUAGAGUAUCCCAUCACACAGUACAAAGAUCCGGAAUAUGAAAAUCCAAAAUCUUACGACGCACCUAAAGAUUAUACAAAAAAUGAUGAUGACUACAUACCACAAACAAACGAGGAGUACAACAAAGAAGCCGAGAAGUAUGCACUGGAAAGGAAAUCACACAAUGGUUACGAGAAACCGGUAUUAGAUACCGUUUAUCAGAAACCAUUACCGGAAAACGGAUAUCAGAAGGAUGUAUACAAUUUCGACAAAUACCAGAGGGCUGAUUACGCUGGAUACCAAAACGGGUAUCAGGAUAGCGUUGAGAUGUUAAGGAAUCAACAACACAACUUGCAAAUGUUGCAAGAACAGCACCGUAUAACGGGAAAUGAGAAUUUUUUUAACGAGAAUCAUAUAAAACAAGAGAUAGACUUGAAUGUUGAGGAUGACAAAUUUAUGUACGAACGAUCUAAGGACCAAUUAGACGCGAACACAUUGUAUGAAAGCCAGAGGCGGCUAACCCAGCAACAACGACUAAUGGAACAAAUACAACAUCAGGUCAAACAGGAACCAGACGCCACUGGAGCAUGCGAGACCGCGAUGCAACCGCAGGGCAGCCCGUACUACCCGCCUGCUGGACACAACAAUCUAACAGGCGGGUUUUAUGAAGCCGCGUCCAGGCCGCCCGGUCCGGAGCUGCUGAUCGCCAAGCAAAACGCACUCGCCGCACACACGCAGCUCUGGCAGAAUACAAUGAAAAGACCAUUUUUCUACAGCGAGAGUCCACAUUACAACGGGCCACAAUUAGUACAUAGAUAUGAGGAUAUAACUAGAAUUCUUCAGUGAUGAGGGACAUUCCAAAGGUGAUAAAAAAAUAUAUAAAAAGAAGAAAAAAAAAUUCUCGACGAUAAUCUCUCAGCAUUUUAUAAUAAUAUAUUUUUAUUGUAUAAAUUAUAAUAUAAAUAAUGUGUGCGGUCCGCGAUGGAACUAAACGUAUCAUUAUUAAUAAUAUUUAUCGCAUAAAUCCUACAUUAUAUAUAAUAUUUUUAUAUUAUUUUUAAAUUUCUUCUAAUAUAUUAUUCUACGAAUCAAAUAUAACGGAAUCAACCACGCUAGUUAUUGAUAUUGACAUUUCUACAACUACUAAACUCACAUGUAGCGCCCUCUGGUUAGAGUUUCUAGGCCAUCUUUCGUUGUACAUAAAUGACUAGACCAGCGAUUUGUGUGUCCUUCUAAGUAUGAAUAAAAAAAAAAAAAUUAAACUGCACAAGCAGGAAAUUCCAGGUUUAUAGAUUUGAUUUUGGCCUAUUCGAUCAUAGAUAUUUUUCUUUAUUCUUUAUUGUACAUAAACGUAAUGGUAAAAUUGGAAUUGUUCGGAUUGAUACCUGCUGCUGAUUUUCACCACUAUACAACCUGCCACAAACUAAAGUUCCAUCCCAACUAUCUGGAUGAGUGGCGGUCCUCCACUGUGCGUUUUUUAAGGCAGUUUCUUGCACGCGCAACCACUUUGUAAUCAAUUUCCAGCAGCAGUAAUUUCGAAACAAUACGAUAUCAUCACCUUAAAGAGCACAUUCCUUUUUAAAAGGCCGGCAGCACACCUUUAAUAUCUCUGCUGUUGCGGGUGAUCAUGCGCGGCGGUAACCACUUACCGCUGCACGCUCGAUUUUCCCGUGUUAUAAAAAAAUAUUUUAAACGUAAUGUACUCGAGCUUAUCUCUAAUAAGAGAUUUCAUCCAGCAAACCCUUUCAUAUAAAGUUUUCUAAAUCACUUUAGACACCUAUAACAAUCGAUAAUUUCAAAUCAAGUCGAUAGGUAUCUAAUAUGUUAUAAUUGAUUUGUUUUUUUUUUUUUUUUUCUUCUAAUAAGCCUGAUUUGCACUGUGGACCCAAUGUAUUUAUUUAACACAAAAUUAGUUUCGGUUGCCUAAAGUGUAAAACUAGUGCUGUGAUGUCAUUCAGUUGGUUGGAAAAUUUAACUGUACAAAGAUUCAUAUCCGUGCCAUAGGCUUUGGCGUAGACGCUUUCGUGAUUUGCGCGGACCAUGAAACUAUUUUGUCGUGAAAUUAAUGCAUACAUUACGAAUGUUAGUCGACACAAACUACUGAUGUACAUUAUCAUGGAACUAGUUUAUGGAUGUUUCAUGCCACUGAUUUUUCAAAUGUAAAUCGGGCUUUAUGCAAUGUACACAAGCGGCCGCACACACGCGUCGCGUCGUCUCGAGAUCUUAUCUGAGGCAAUGCGGCGCGCUAUAUUCAAAUUGUACAAAUUACUAUAAAAGAAAUUUUGUGCUUUCCUUUUGUUUUUCUUCAAUGUACAGUUUUAUUUUUAAUAAUAAUAUAAUAAUCGGUAACAAUAUUGUGUGCCGUAUAUUAAUAGUGAAAAAUGUAUGAAUAGUGUUCUUAUUACCAUAAUGUGAGACGCGAUGGUCCACCGGUGAACUUCGGAUUCUUUGUAAUUUGAUUGAAUAAGCUCCACUUAAGUAAUGUAAAUUUCAUCAUGAUAUCAGAUAGGAUUCUUUCCAUUCGAAUGUGUAUGGGGAUAUACAUUAACAAAAUUAUUCAUGUAAAAACUUUAUGAACAUCGAACUUGAAUUACAACAGUGUUACUAUCAUACAAUACAAUACAAAUAGCCAAAUAGAACAGAGACAAACUAUUCGAUUUGGUAAUUUGUUUAGAUUUUUGAACCAUUAUUUAAAAGAGUGUUUAUUACUACCGCAACGCGAGCGGUCUCUAUGUUGGCUGUCAUAAUACAAACUUAAUUAACAUUUUACGUAUUUCUCAAAGAUAGUUUAAAAAGUGCCUUAUGUGAACUAGCGUAUAGCUUAAUCAUAGGAUAUUCUUAUUAAAGUAUUACUGCUAUUUCACCAUAAAAAUUGCAUGAAAACUUAGUUUUUUUUUUCAUGCCACAUCUGAUGAAAAGUGAUUACCGUCGCCUGUAAUAGACAUUAACAGUACCAGAGUAUACAGUGUUGCCUGUGAUUUUUCGAUUUGUUACUGAUUUCAAUUUGGUUACUAUUUCAAUAAAUUCCAUUGCAACAGACUAUAUAUGGGAAUGUUAAUCAUAAAGGUAUUUUUUAAACUAUCAUUGUUUUGAAAUAUAAUCGUAAAAAUUAUUUGGAAAAUUCAAAAGAGAAAUAUACGUAUUUUUCUUGUAUUAAAAUAAUUUUAUUCUGGUAACUAAGGAUAAUGAUCAAUUGGGAAUAUUCAAAAUUGUUUUAUCCUCUACAUAAUCCGUAGUUCAAAUAUGUGAAAACUAUAAAAUAUGUUUUGCUUUUUAGGAUUACCAUUUACAGAUGUACAAACAGACGCGACUGGAGGCUUAAUAGUAAUGAUUCAUAGUGAAAUUUUCCAAACUCUGCGAUAAAAAAAUAUAGUCUAUGUUUCUGCACUAUUCAUAUACAGCACAAACCAUAAAUAACUAUAACGCUGUUGCCAUUUUUAUAGUUUUUUUUUUUAUUAUUUUCUAUAGGGCAAUGAAAAUGUAGAUUUAAUUAUUAAAAGUACAAUUUUAGAUCUAUUCAUUAUCAGAUGUAUAGCCCGUCAAGUUCGUACUCAGCAGUUCUGUGGAGUGAGGGAGGGGCGGGAAGAAAUGAUGUAAUCUCAUUUUCUGUGCUUUUUACAAUUAGUAAACAACUUUAGAAUGUCUUUUUAUAAUCAUAAUAAAAUAAUCAAAUAUUUACUUGUUUUGAUCCUAGUUUUACUUUUCUACCUACUUUUCUAAAAACGGGACUUUUUUUACCGCCAUACGAACAAAAACUCAAGUUGAAGCAAACAUGUACAAAAUUUCAUUAAAAACAAUCGAGCGGUUUCAUCGCACGAUUCAUAAUAAUGUAUUAGUACAAAACUUCUUUUUUAAUAUUGCUAUUCUUUCGUUUUAUGCUCCGUUAUGUUGGUAAAAAGACAUACCAAGAUUGUUUAUGUAUAAUACUAAUUAUAUUUAUGGGCUGGUGUAAAUACACGAUCGCCCCGCCCCUCUGAAAUCCGCUAUGGAGAGCUGCGCAUGAAUUAGACGUGUUAUAGCAAUCUGUAGUAUCACUUAUACAUUCUCGUUAAAACAAUGGCCCAUACAUUUUUCCAUCGAUUAUGUUCCCUAGCGGUCAUUCUCAGAAGUAUAAAUCAUUGAAAUACUAAUUCGUUAUAAGACCACUUAUAUUAUGCAACGAUAUGUAAAAAUCUGUUGUUUUAAUGUUGUUUAUUUAAUUAUUCAAUAUAACUAUGUUACCAUUAUGCCGUACUAGAUAUAACUUAUAAACUUUUUUUGUAUUUGAUUUUGGCGGAUGCACUGUAUGCCGUGCCAUUUGGACAGAAAAAAAAAAACUUUUUUUUUAUUUGAAUGUGGCCGUUAGGGAAAUCUAAUAAUUGCGUAAGCAUUUUGCGUGACGUAAUUAAUAUUUUUCGUGGGUAUAACUCGCAAAGUUUACAUAGAGUUGCCCUAUACCAAAUACAUAUAUUACUGCAAAAUCUGAUAUAAUUAUGUUGUUUACUUUAAGGUAUGUUGUUUUUUUUUUUAUAAAAAUUAUAUAUAUUUAUGCGUCAUAUAGUUUUAAACGAAUAGUUACCAUGUACAGGUUUGGUUUGCCAUUCACUGAGGUCGAUUCUGAGGCGACAUUUCUCGAAAGCUAUCUCUAAAAUUUCUAUUUGAUAUCAUAUUGUGAUCUUUAUUGUAAGGACCAAUAUUAACUUAUUUUCUAAUAGAUUUAAGUAAAAAAUAUUAUAAUUAAUGUUUAUGUUGGCCCACAAAACUGUAAUUUUGCAAAAUUAUCAAAUAUUAAGAGAUAAAUUUAGUGAAAUUGCGUCUUAGAAUUGGUUCCACUGUCAGUUUCAGGCAUAACUGUAGUAUAAUCAUACAUUAAUGUUGCAAAUAUAAAAAAAGAAAUUACGUAAAAAUUUUAAUAUUUUUUCGCGAAUGCAGGUCUUUGAAUAAUCAUAAAGUACAUAUUUAUAUUUUAUUAAAUCUAUUUAUUGUUAUGUCUGAAAGUGAAUGAUAUUUACGUAAUAGAUAUUGUGGUGGUCACACGUUAUUUUCAUUUAAUUUUAAUAAUUAAAUCUUAAUUUGAUAGUAAUAUAUAUUAAUAUACCUAUGCUUAACCAGGCCCAGGCCCACCAUUUAAAUUGGUGGUAAAUACUGGAAUAAAAACGUUGCAGUGUUUUUCUAGAACAGUGUGUAUGGACAGAUGUGACUGGGUCUACUUCGUGUGCAGACGGCGUCCGAAUUUUGCCAUUUGCAAGCAUCGCGUGACCGCCACCAAACGAUAUAAAUAUGGGAAUUGAUAAAAUCAUUAGAACAGUGAUAUUUUAUCGAAUUUACGUGGCAAUUAUAUGAAUGGGGGUAGUUGUAAGGAUACUGUAAUUUGUUUUGUUAGUUUCGAAUCGUCACAACAUGUCAAAAAUGGAUAGUCUUGCCAAAGUUUUUUCGUUUCGUGUCGGAUUUCGGUCUUUUGUACAUAGACGUUGGGUUACGUCACUAAUGUGUGGUUUGAUGUAUUUACAAUUGUAGGAUAUUGACAGGAAUUGGUUUUUUCUUUUAACAAAUCUUACUUAAUUUACUUACUUAUUAUUACAUCUGUUUUCGUAACGGAAUUAUUCAAUAUAUAAUCGGUUGCGGAAAUGGAACUGCAUGUGUCAACGACAAAUUAUUGCUAAAGUUCAAAAGUAUGUGUAGGUUAUAGGUCGUGCGAUUAAAUUGUUGUGACGCAAAAAAACAUCCCAUUUCGUCAACUAAUUUACGAAGGCGGAUGUUUUAAUUUACAAACUGUAAUUUAGUCUACAGCUUGUUACGUACGAUAUAAUAAUAUUUUUCGUCUUAUUGUGUUGGGAUUUGCUUUUUAUAGUACAUUUUGCUUGUAUACAAGGUGUAACAGAUAGAAAGAGAAUAAUCUAAUAUAACAAUAUUUAUAAAAUUACAAUAUAUAUCAAGAAGUAAGGAUUAAAAUCACAUACUGCAUUAUUUGCUUCACGAACAGUUUUUGAGCUAAGAUGUGGUUUAAUUUAGAAAUAAGUUAAAUUGUAUCUAACAUGGUUACAUCAAAACGAAACCGCAAAAUUUGAGACUAUUAUCUACAUUCUGUUACACCUUGCUUAUACUUACUAUAUACCAUAAAAUAUAUUCUGUACUUACUUUUAAAUUAGUAAAAUGUUUUACAAUUUCUAUUAUUUAAAAAAAAAAAUAUAACUUUUUUGUUUAAAAAUGUACUUUUCAAACUCGCUAUAAUAUUAUGUUGUUAUAUUGCAUACACGCCUUCCGAUUACAUUUCUUUUAAAUUUCGUUAACCAAAAAUACUUAGUGUGCAACACCGAUUAAAUGCAUGUACUUAGUAGAAAAGCCAAACACCCACAAAACUGUGACUGUGCCAUCAAGUUGGUGUAAAUGUGAUGACAGUUCACUUUCUACAUCCAAAUUUUUGACAACUUUAUAGCUGGAGUCCUUUAUGUUAUGUUUUAUAUUUUCCACGUUUUUAUCUGCUAUAUUUAUACUGUAAUUAUGUAAACUAUAUUAAUUAUAAUUACAAACUAUUCUAUUUACUAUAGUCCGUUAAACUAUUUAAUCUAAAAAUUCCGUUUUCGAUUUGGACAUAGUUAAUUUUAAACUUUCGCGUUGUUUACAUAUAUUUUAAAUGCACAAUCUGGACUUAACGUGAUAUGAAAGCCUUUAUAGGUAAGUAGUACCUACAUUGCUUCUUUAUUGUCAAUGUUAAAUUAAGAAGAUGGAUAUAGUAGGCUUUAAUCAGAACGGGGAGACCAGUGAUUAAUUUACUAAAAAUACACGACAACUUGAUACAGUGAGUACGGUGUAUAGGAUAGCUCUAGAUAAUAACGGUAACAGUGUUAGGGUACCCGAAGAGAUUGUGCGAGCUGCCAAUACGAAGACGCCGCUCACUUCAGCCCUAUCGACGUGGAUCGCACCACGACGUGGUGCAAUCCACUUCGAAACAUCAGCAAUAAAGAAGCAGGUACUAUUUACCUGUAAAAGGCUUUUACAUCGCGUUAAGUCCCGAUUAUAUAUUUAAAAGAUUUAGAAUAAUAUAUACAUUUAAAAAAAGGAAAACCUUUUUGGGAGUUGGGUACAAUAACUAAUAAUUUAUUUACGAUUAUUUCUCGGAAUGCUGAAGUGUAAAUGAGAUAGAAAAAUUAAUGAUAGAGGAAUUUGCGUUAUUAUACUCCAUGUAGUAAGUACGGUGCGGGCUAUUAGUGACUUAAAUUAUUAUGAUCAUUAAUUUUACUCGAAUCCAGUUCUUUUAUAGUAGUAACUGACAAAAUGUGCUGUCGCCAUUCUACAAGGCACAGAGUAUGUUUUUUUUUUAAUUGUAUUACAAUUUAUGCAAAGUCAAUAUGGAAUUUUACAACAUAGAAAAUAGCGAGUUUGGAAUAAAAGCUGUACGUAUUAUAAAAUUAUGUUUAUAUGUUUUUAAGAGUAAAACAUUAUUUAAGUAUCAAGGGAAAAUUUAUAUAAUCUUCAUAGCUUUGUUAUUAUAAUUUUAUUUCUUUAUUAUUAUUAUUAUAAUAGUGCACUUGUUUUAAACGACCCGCCGUCGAUGUACAAACGGCCGACGGAUUUAAAGUCAUUUAGUUUUUAAAUCAUUAAAGUUAAGUCUUCAACGAGAAUAUUGUGAGAGGGAGGUGGGCUUGUUGGGCUAACUCCUCAGUUACUUUUUGGUGCUGUAUCUUUUUUCUGAAUUGUCUGCAUUUCUUGAUAGAUUAUGUAAAAAAUAUGACCGAGACAUGUAAAGUGUACUGCACACUGCAUAGCACUCGUAAAUAUUGAAAAAUCAAAAUAUUUUCUAACAUAUUCACUGACUACGAUCUAUAAGAUAGAAGAUCCAAAUGUAAGAUGACAGUCGUCUAAACAAAUGGCAAAUAAAUCUAUACAUAGGUAAUCCUAUAUACUUCGUUGUCGUAUGCAUGAAAUAGAAAGUGACGGCGACAUUUGGUGUCUUGUUCCUUCUUAUAGAUGUUAUCUUGUUUAGAACGAAUUUGCAUCUAAUUAGUUCUGCAAGUAAUUAGACAACGCAACAUGUUAAAACAUUUUUAAAUGUACUAUUUUUUUUUAUUUACAAAAUCGAACCUAGGAAUCGUUUACGCAGUAUAACGUGGUUACUACUAUGCCAUUAGCAGGAGAUUGAGAUUAGUAGGGUAUUUUAAUGACAGAUCUCGCUCUAGACGUCUUUAAUGGAACGGAACAAGGGAAUAUCUGCAUCAAAAUUCAAAUAUUGUAAAUAUUUAUGUGCAAUUUAUCUGGUAUAUAUACAUUUUUCAUACUAGUAAGCUACAUUUGAUAAAUCAACAUUAAAUUUGUUUUUGUUUAAUUUAUUCGUCUUCAUAUACCUGUAUGUCAUUUGGAUCUUCUUAUAGUAGUUUUGUGCCUUAAAUCAGCUGCGCCCUAAACGCAAUCUUUCAAUAAACGAGGCUUUAAGAGCCAACAAGCAAUACAGUUAUUUCGUACUUACAUCGUUAUCAGUGUCUUUUAACAUCAGAGUUAAUAUUUCACUAAAAUAGUACACAUUGCAUGUCUCGAACUGUCAGAUGAUUAGGGAAUUGCUUAAAAUUUUUAUUCAAAGAUAAUCUGAUUUACUACUCUGGUGAUAAUUUUGGAUAUUAUUAUUGCGUCUAACGUUCUUUUUUAGCCGCGAAGGUAUGAAUAGGACAGCGCGAUUGUUUUGAAGUCGUUUAUAAUUAAGUUUAGAAAAAUUACCACCAUUGUAAUGAUGUUGGGUAACUUUGAAUUGACGUUUGAAGGUGAGGAGCCGAAAUUUUUUUUCUAAUUAUAAUACAAUAAUAUGCUAGUAUUUUGUGCAAUCAUAAAUUGUAUAAUAUUGUUCGUAAUUGUUUAUAUUAUAAUUUCCAGUGAACUCAAAAACUUUUAAAUCAUUCUCUAAUGUUUCUUUACAAAAGAUAAUUUUUAUAUACUUUUAUUUUAAUAAUAUGAUUAUAUUGAUUUAUUUAUAUUGGUAUAGGUUUAAAAAUAAUGUGUAAAUAAGCUAUGAUACGCCCUGAAAAGUCAAAAUCGUUUGUGAGUUUAAAAUAAAUAUUCAGGGUCAUUUUCGUAAGUUGCAGCAAGGUGUGGUUAAAAAAAUCAUUAAAAUGCAUUUCACUAAUAAAAAUAUUGCUUAUAUUAUUAUUACACAUUGACCUCAAAAAUUUUACUUAAUUGAAUUUCUUUAUAGUAAAAAUUGUCAGAAUAUCACCUGUGAUAUGCACCAUGCUACAACAUACGGAGUAUAGAAUUGGGUCAACAGUACCAAAAUUUGUAUGUACGGAUCAUGUUCAAAAACAGAUUUUAUCUCUACAAUAUUAGUAAGUAAGAGAUAAAAACUGAGUCCGUGACAUCGUCUAAAUUAUUUCCAACUGAAUUAUUAAAAGUUAUCCAACUGAAAUAACAACAACCAGUCUUUGAUUGCGAUUCCUUGUCGUCCGACAAAUCCGAGUACAACCAUAUAAUUCGUACGCACACGUCGUGUAGGUGGAUCGCUAGUUUUUCUUUUUUUUUUAAGGUUUUUUUCGUAUAUUUACUAUUAUUUACCAUAGAGUUAAGAUAAAUGUUAAGGCAUGCGGGAAGGUAGAUAUAUUUUGAACAUUGCUAGAGCGUGCAUUUUUUCAUUAUGAUAACCCCAGGUUUGCUUGUCGAGCAAACGGGUAAUUUUGUUUUCUUUUAUAAAAAGUUUAUAAAGUAUAUUGUUUUUGUUCAUAUUUUUUUAGAGAAAAAAAAAUAUUUUACCUUAUGACAAAUUAUAUUUUGAAUUGUACGCUCUAAAUAGACCAAAGCUGUGAAUAACUUGAUGUAAUGAUCGUUGAUAAGAUAAAAAAAAUAAAAUAUGCUUUUACACAAAU